CAAAGAGAGCUGCAAUGCUAUCUGACAGAGCAAUCAAGAGUCAACACAACCGGAGAAGAGGAUGUUGUGUCUUUACAGACAUGCUCUGCUGAAAAACAUGCAGGGCAUAGAGACUACUUUGGAGCUUUUGGAAAAACCUGAGAAUGAGAUCUUUGAGAAAGUCUCCCAGACCACCGCUUCUGACGUGGUCCAGCAGGUCUCCUACGCAGUGGAGAAAGAGGGAGGUGGUUUUGCCUUGAGCAUACAUGCUAAAGACUUCUCCCCUGAGAUAAUGUCCAUCAAACAGGUGGGAAGGACGCUGCACAUCUGCGGGAAGACAGAGAAGAGAGAGGAAGAUGGGGAAGGUUCUUACUCGCACAGAGUCCAGGAGUUCAGGCGGGAGUUUCUCUUGCCUGAAGGAGUGAAUCCAGAGGCGCUGAGCUGCUCCCUGGCUGAAGGAAAACUAUUCAUUCAGACACCAAAGACACAGCAGUCUGAAAAACCUGACAGACUGCUAACCAUCGACGGCAGUCAAGCUGAUGAGAUGCGAGAACGUCUGUAGCAGAAUCGUAUGGCUCCGCACGUAUGGCCAGUGCUGUAACUUUUCUAUUGGUCCAUUGGAAAUAUGAUGACGUAGAUAUAUAUUGUUUAAGCUUCUUAGAAUGUCUACUUCUCCUGUGGUUCAUUUGUUGCUUGUACAAUUUUCUUAUGCAAUUGGUACUAGAGUUGAAAAAAAGUCUUCCGAAAUGAAGCCAAUUUAAUUUCGCUACUUCAGUUGUGAUGGGGUUUAUCUGUUCCACAAUUAAAAAACAACACGAGAAAGAACUAGAAGAUUAGUUAAGCUGAAAGUGCAGCACAUGUAUCUUGUUCAGAUUUAUCACCAAGCAAU